AUGUCCAAUCAUUCAGUUUUUGAUAAACCUCUACAAGAUAUUGGUGAAGAAAUUAAAACGGAACAAGAAUUACAUCCAGAAACAGAUUUAAUGGUUAAAGAAGAAAUACGAGAAGAAAAUGUUUCAGUGGAUCUUCAACGAAUUCAAAAUGAAGACAAACUUUUAUCAGAUGAAACAGAUAAAAUAUUAUCCACGGAAAUCAGUUCGGUUGACCAUAAACGAAAUCUAAACCGGGGAAAGCAUAAAAAAUUGUCAAAGACAUGUAAUUUACGUGAACAUAAACUUCUUCAUGUUAAAGAAAACAGUUUUUCGUGUGAUUUGUGCGGUAAAAAGUUUACUCGACAAAGUAGUUUAACGCAACAUAAACGAAAACAACACGCCCAAACUAAUUCAUCCGAUAUUCAAGAUAAUAAACAAGCUGAAAUAAACGAGAUUGAAAAACAAUUUCAUAUUGAUAUAAAACUCAAAGAAGAAGCACCGGAUGAAAGUGUUCACUUGGAAGAAAUCGAUGAAAAGAAUUUUUCUUACGAGUCGGAUGACAAUAUUUCAGUGAAAAAGGAAGAAAUUAGUGAGGAAAAAAAUAAAUCUUACGAGUUAAAAGAAAAUAUUUCAGUGAGUGAAAUAAGUGCAGUGAAUUCAAAAGAAAAACCAUUUUCAUGUAAUUUUUGUGAGAACAAAUAUCCAACAAAAUUUCAUUUGGAUCAACAUAAGCGAAAACAUACCGGAGAAAAACCCUUCUCAUGUGAGAUAUGUAGUAAAUUGUUUCAUUCGAAAGCAAAUUUAGUUAAACAUCGUUUAAUUCACACCGAAAAGGAUAAAUCAUAUUCCUGUGAAGUUUGUAAUAAAAGUUUUAGCCAACAACGUUAUUUGCACCAACAUAAACGAGUUCAUUUGAUUGGGAAAAAUUUUUCGUGUGAUAUUUGUGGAAAAUCAUUCGGUAUCAAGAGUUGUUUGGUCAACCAUCAACGAACUCAUACCGGAGAAAGACCAUUCGCAUGUGAUAUUUGUGAUAAACGAUUUUCCCGGCAGUGUCAUUUACGUCGACAUAAACGAGCUCAUACUGGUGAAAAACCUUAUCCAUGUGAUAUUUGUGGUAAACGAUUUACAACCAGAGACAUUUUAAAAGUGCAUAAACAAAAUCAUACCGGGGAAAAACCGUUUUCAUGUGAAGUUUGUGGAAAAUCAUUUCAAGCAAAAUCAAAUCUACUUACCCAUCAAAAAAUUCAUACCGAAAAAGAAAAAUCAUAUUUCUGUGAUGUUUGUAAUAAAAGUUUUAGCCAACAACGUUAUUUAAACGAACAUAAACGAACUCAUUCGACGGAAAAGAAUUUUUCUUGUGAUAUUUGUGGUAAAACUUAUGGUGGUAGAACGUGUUUGGUUCGACAUUUACGAACUCAUGCUGCUGUUAAACCACUUGCACAGAAAAUUAAUAAAAGAAAUCGUACCGAUGGAAAACGAUUUUCAUGUGAUAUUUGUGAGAAAUCAUUUAAUCGGAGAAAAUUAUUAGUCGUACAUCAACAAAAAAGUCACAAUAGUGAUAAAAUUUUUCCUGUUGAUAGUUUUGUGUUUAAUCUUCCAUUAAGCGCACCUGAUUUAACAGGCACAACGCGGAUUUUCUAA